AUGCAGGACGUUUGUCUAUUCACAACACCCACAAAAAUUCAAUCUUUAGUUCUUCCAAGCGCAGUAAGGGACAGAAUGGACAUUUUGGGAGCCGCCGAGACGGGCAGUGGGAAGACUCUCGCAUUCAUAAUCCCUUUAAUAUGUCGUUUACUAGAGUUGAAAAGUUCUGGAGAUGAAGAAGGAUUUAAAGGACUGAUUCUUGCCCCAACUCGUGAACUUGCUCUUCAAAUAAAAAAACAGCUCGAUAUUUUUUUGAAUGCUUCAUUAGUGGGUGGACUAUCUCAACAAAAACAAGAGCGUCUUUUAACGAACCACCCAGACGUCAUUGUCGCGACUCCUGGUCGGUUUUGGGCUUUAAUGCGGUUAAAGUCAGUAGAUAGUUAUCUAUCCAAUUGGUCACAACUGCGAGUGGUUGUUGUUGACGAAACUGAUCGGAUGAUGGAAAAAGGACACUUCGAGGAACUUCAACAUAUACUUGAACAGGCCCCUAAAAAGCACCAGACUUUAAUAUUCUCAGCUACACUAACUUUUGUACACCAGCCACCUAAAAGGCUUGGAAUGCAGGUCUUGACACCUACCGCAAAAGACAAACUGAGUGAGUUGAAUGGUUCAGUCAAUGAUGCUAGCGUGCUAUAUUUUCUGAUUAGACAUCCAGGGCGUACAUUAAUUUUCACCAACUCUAUUGAUGCAUCUAGCAGACUUCAUAGUAUUCUUAAAAAAGUUCUAUCCAACCGUAUAAUUUUAAGACUGAAUGCGAAAAUGCUUCAAAGGAAGAGAUUGAUUAAUCUGGAAAAAUUCGCAGAAAGCGAAGAUGCAGUCCUGAUAGCAACUGAUGUCGCUGCACGUGGCCUUGAUAUUCCUAAUAUUCAGCACGUACUGCACUACCAGGUGUCAAAAACUGUUGAGUCGUAUGUCCAUCGAUCCGGCCGUACAGCAAGGGUUUCUCAGAAAGGUCUCACUGUGAUUAUAGUGGACCCUAAAGAUGUCCAGUUUUAUGCUAGAAUAUGCCAGAACUUAUAUCGAAAAGAGGACUUUCCUAUUUUUCCAAUGGAUAGACCAGAUUUGAUGGAUGCUGUAAAGGAACGAAUUAAAGCAGCUACUGCUGUUGAGUCGAUAGAAUUUCGCAUCAGCAAAGUAUGUGUCGUUUUGUUUUUGUAA